UUUUCUCCACCCACCUUAACUCUCGUCACCACCCGUACAACAGCGGGCGCACAUCCGCUCGAGGAGGGGCGUCCGACUACGCUAUUUACACUCUGUAAACAGCUCGCUCCGAUUACUUGACAGAUCCCUCGCUCCAACUCGCGAACCUGUCACUACUGUCAAUUGCAAUGGCUCCUCACGCGAACGGUACUAGUGCUGCCUCUGGCGCUGUUGGCGGGUCGGCUGGUGAGAAGACCCCUCUCUUUACGGUUGAGUCUCCCGACGUGGUCUACACUGAGGACGCGAUCAAAACUCAGUAUGCCUACCACACCACCGAGGUCACUCGCACCGCAGACAACAAGUUUGUCGCCGUCCCCAAGGCCCAUGCCUACGACUUCAAGGUCGACCGCAAGGUGGGCAAGGUGGGUAUGAUGCUGGUCGGCUGGGGUGGCAACAAUGGUACCACCGUCACUGCCGGUAUCAUUGCCAACCGUCGUGGUCUAGUGUGGGAUACUCGCGAGGGCAAGCGCGCGGCCAACUACUAUGGCUCCGUCGUCAUGGGCUCAACUAUCAAACUAGGCACCGACAAGUCUGGCCAGGAAGUCAAUAUUCCCUUCCACGACAUGCUCCCUAUGGUUCACCCGAAUGACUUGGUCAUCGGCGGCUGGGACAUCAGUGGAUUGGGCCUGGCGGACUCCAUGGACCGCGCCUGUGUCCUGGAACCUUCUCUCAAGGAGUUGGUUCGCAAGGAAAUGGCCGAGAUGAAACCUUUGCCCAGUAUCUAUUACCCAGACUUUAUCGCUGCUAAUCAAGAAGAUCGCGCGGACAAUGUCAUUCCGGGUUCCAAGGCUUCCUGGGAGCACGUCGAGCACUUGCGCAAGGACAUUCGUGACUUCAAGGAACAGAAUGGAUUGGAUAAAGUCAUUGUUCUGUGGACUGCUAACACCGAGCGUUACGCUGAUAUCAUCACUGGCGUCAACGACACUGCUGACAACUUGAUCAACGCGAUCAAAUCCGGUCACGAGGAAGUGUCUCCUUCUACAGUGUUCGCCGUGGCAUCCAUUCUCGAGAACGCGCCCUUCAUCAACGGAUCCCCACAAAACACCUUUGUCCCCGGUGCCAUUCAAUUUGCCGAGAAGUACAACGCAUUCAUUGGUGGCGAUGACUUCAAGUCGGGACAGACCAAGAUGAAAUCAGCUCUUGUUGACUUCCUGAUCAGCGCUGGUAUUAAGCUCACCUCGAUUGCAAGCUACAACCAUCUCGGUAACAACGAUGGCAAGAACCUGAGCUCACAGAAGCAGUUCCGCUCCAAGGAAAUUUCCAAGUCUAACGUUGUCGACGACAUGGUUGCCGCCAACUCUGUCCUGUACAAGGAGGGCGAGCACCCCGACCACACCGUCGUCAUCAAGUACAUGCCAGCUGUUGGUGACAACAAGCGUGCUCUCGACGAGUACUACGCGGAGAUCUUCUUGGGUGGUCACCAGACCAUCAGCAUUUUCAACGUGUGCGAAGACUCUCUCUUGGCCUCCCCGUUGAUCAUCGACCUUGUUGUCGUUGCCGAGCUGAUGACUCGCGUCAGCUGGAAGACCAAGGAUGCUGAGGAGUACAAGGGAUUCCACAGCGUUCUCAGCGUUCUUAGCUACAUGCUCAAGGCUCCUCUGACUCCUCCCGGAACCCCCGUCGUCAACGCUCUUGCCAAGCAGCGUGGCGCUCUCACCAACAUUUUCCGUGCCUGUAUCGGUCUUCAACCUGAGUCAGACAUGACUUUGGAGCACAAGCUUUUUUAAUGCAGCAGACCUUAAGCCAAAUAACAUGGCAUGCGGAUGGAGAUGAUCGAUUUGAUUUAGUGCAGCCUGACCCCUAGUCGUUCUUUAGAUAGCAAUCAUCAAACAUCAAAGUUGAUUGUUGAAUUUCCUUCAUAUUGUAGACGUGAUACAUAUUUAAAUAGCUACCCCCACCUCUUUGCUCUAGUACUCGCGUGAUUGAGGACCUUGUGGAAGGGCAGCCGUAAUUAUUUAAAGUCGAAC